CUAUGGUGUUUCUCGCAUUGUCAUUAACAUCAAGAACAAAAUGGCCGCGCUCAGAGCAGUUGUAAAGCUCAACCCAAGAAUCGUGUGUCCGCUGGUAAAUCAGGUACGAUACCGGCGGAUUCGUGGGCGAAACCCAAGAGAGCCUCAUCUUGAAAAGAAGAUGAUUUUGGAAGUCUGCAAGCCUAUCAUACCGCGCCGCUCAGAGCCGGAUUGGGAGAGAUGCGGCAUGGCCAAACGUAUUGAUGUCGAAAGAGAGCCACACCCAUACAAUAGAGUCAGAGCAAACAUUCUCCGUAAUGAGCUACACGAAGCUAAGCUCAUUUUCUUCAUGCAUGAAAACCCAUCCACCAGGGAAGAUAGGAUAAAAGUGCACAACAUGCUGUUCAAAAAGAACUAUUUUCUCAAGGCUUACAACAAUGAAACAGUACGCCUAGCCAUUCGGGGCACCAAGUUUGAAUCUGCAACGCCUUUCACGCUGUCUCGAAAUGCCCUCAUCCUAAGUCCUGAAGUAGACGUGGCAACAUUCUUCAAGUUGUCCAGGAAGAUGCCGCAGUUCAUACUCCUCGCUGGCAUUGUCCAUGGACGUUUCCUCAGUAGGGACGAACUGCAGUGGUUGAGCACAGUGCCAAACAUCGAGUACCUUCAAGGACAGACGUGUGCAAUCCUUGCAUCAAUGGCAUCAAGGACUCUCCAGAUCACAUCCCACCACCAGACUAAGUUAUCCCAACUUCUAGCAAGCCAUGCCAAUCCUCCCGCAAAUCCUGGCAAGGAAAGCGCGGCUAAUGACGAAGCACCAGCCCAAUCUUCAUAAUGGAACUGUAAUGCGUGCAUAGCGCAUAGUAAAUAUUUUACGAUGUUGCCA